CUCGUCGGGGACGGUUACCAGUCCUGCGGUUACUCGGAGGGCGGACAGUUGGAGUUUUUAAUUUACGAAAGACAAGAAAGAGCAAGAAAGGUCAUUUAGAGAACGAAAAACGUUUAGAACUUUAACCAAUUGAUUUUGUACAGUCUUACAUUACGAUUAACGGUCUUUGAGAACAACAAAGCAAAACGACCAUGGCUAAGACGACAGCAUCCGAGCAGUGUGCAAUCGCUGGGUCCAUUCGGAGCCAAAGAAUGGAAAAAUCAAUGACAAACGCCCUAAUUGUUUAUGUAUCCCAUGAGGCUUGGUUAAAGUCUGUGUUAGAAGGAAAUCAUGGUAGAGUUGACACAAGCAUAGAUUAUGGUGACAAAGAGGAAGAGGAAGAAGACUACUCCAACUAUCAGUUCGAAGAUGACAUUUUGUACUUAAGAUCUCUAGAUCCUAAGGAAUGGAAAGAGCAAGAUCAUUAUGCAGUUCUUGGUAUUAAAGAUCUCAGACACAAGGCAACGGAGGAUGUUAUUAAGAGAGCUUACAAACACAAAAUUCUUAAACAUCAUCCUGACAAGAGAAAAGCAAUGGGUGAAGAGAUCAGAGUAGACGACGACUAUUUCACUUGUAUAACUAAGGCUUGGGAAACACUUGGUAAUCCAGUCAAAAGAAGAAGCUACGACAGUGUCGACCCAUACUUUAGCGACAUUCUGCCAGAUGAAAAAGAGGCUAAGGAAAAUUUCUACAAAGUCGUAGGCAAGGCCUUUGAAGAAAACUCGCGGUGGUCGUUGAAAAAGCCAGUUCCCAAGUUGGGCAAUCCAAAUACUCCACGAGAGCGGGUAGAAAAGUUUUAUUUGUUCUGGUAUGGCUUUGAGUCUUGGCGAGAAUACUCUUACCAGGACGAGGAGGACAAGGAAAGUGGUCAGGACCGCGACACGCGCAAGUGGAUCGAAAAGAAAAACAAAUCCGUCCGUGCCAAGAAGAAGAAAGAGGAGAUGAUAAGAAUACGACAGCUCGUCGAUAUGGCAUACAGCAUCGAUCCGCGCAUCCGCAAGUUCCAACAGCAAGACAAAGAUAAGAAGCAAGCCGUCAAGCGUGCCAAGCAAGAAGCCGUGAAAGCCCGUCAGCAGGAAGAAGAACGGAUAGCCCGCGAGGCGGCGGAAAAAGAACGCUUGGAGCGCGAGAAGCGCGAGGCUGAGGAGCGUGCCAAGAUGGAACAGCAGAAGCAAGAGCGUGACCAGCAGAAGAAAGCUCUGCGCAAGGAACGUAAGAAUCUGAGAGAUAUUUGUAAAGAAAAUGCCUACUUUGCCAAAACGACAGACGAAAGUAUCAGGCAUAUGGAGAACGUCGAAAAAAUGUGCGAAUUAUUUAAAUUGACCAAGUUGGAGGAAACGGUAAAGAGUGUGAGGGCCGAGGGUAAAGAGGCCUUUUUAAGGAUAAUGGAAGAGGUUGAUCAGAGGCUACAGGCCGAGAGAAGGGCUGUCCUCGGGCAUAAAGACAACGACGCGAAGAGUGCGCUCGAGAAGCAGGUUAAAGGCUGCACAGCUCCGUGGACUGAAAACGACUUGCAGCUGCUCAUUAAAGCUGUAAAUCUUUUCCCAGCGGGAACGAAUCAGCGCUGGGAGGUUGUGGCGAAUUUCAUCAACCAGCACACGAAUUCUACUGAUGGAACAAAACGCGACGCCAAAGAGGUAUUAGCUAAGGCCAAGGACUUACAAUCCACCGAUUUUAGUAAAUCUAGUAUGAAAGAGCAGGCCAAUAAAAAAGCCUUUGACAAUUUUAUCAACGAGAAAAAGCACAAGGACGUUGAUGACAGAAUGCCCGCUGUCACUGAGAGACUCGACAAUCCCAUCCCCAACGGCAAAAGUGCCAAAGAUGCCGAGGUAAAGGAAAAGUCUGUAAAAUCAGAGAAGACAGAACCCGCAGCAUGGACACCAGCUGAACAGAAACUCCUGGAGCAGGCUCUCAAGACUUACCCAGCUUCCGUCGCUGACAGGUGGGACCAAAUCGCCGCGUGUUUGCCUUCUAGAACGAAAAAAGAGUGCAUGAAGAGAUACAAGGAAUUGGUCGAGCUCGUGAAGGCCAAAAAAGCAGCCCAAGUGUUGAAUUAGUGUUGACUUUUGUUCCUAAAGCAAAAAAUGCAAUAGGUUUUCAAAUGAGUGUUCGCUUUACUGCUGAAAUUUCAUUUACAGGUGUAGAAUUUCCAUGUGAAGAAAUGCCGCGGUCAAGUUGUCUUUUCAAAGUUCAAACACUCGACUAGCUAUAAAUAACACAUUUAUAAUUAUUAUAAAACAUUUUUACAUUAUUGUAAGAUCGAAAGUAAGGAGUUUAAUACUAAGAAAAUUGUACAAGGAUUAAAAAAAAUCUACAUCAUGCGUUACGACGUUAUUUUAGCCUCUGUGAUUUCGUAUCAAAUGAUGCUGUAAUUUAUGUAAGAUAAAUGAAAUUGAUGUGUAAAAGACAGGUUCAGUAAAAUAAUUCAUUUAACCUUGAAA